AUGGCUCCCCGUGAACAUUCUCGUAGUAGAGGCUCUUUCUCGAUUUUCUCACUCGAUCACGUUAGGUCCAUCAGCCGUGCUGGUUCACGACAAGCUGCCCGAGUUCCUUCCAGGGCCGAUUUGCAUGAGCGAUCGGAUUCCAGACUCUCUUAUCGAUGCGACCCCCUGAACCAGCCUCCGGCAUCACCUGGUCAUCCCUCUGAAACCGAAGCCGCUGAAGGAGGCCUUGGUUCAACGUCACCAGAAAGAAAGGCGAACGGUACUGCAACUGACAUGAGUUCGGGCAACAGAGAAGCUGCGCUCCCAGACGCAGGCGGCUCUCAUCGCCGAGUGCAACGAACACGACGACUUUCCUGGCUGCCGUUUAGACGUUCAUCGUCCCAAUCGCGACACCCUCGAAGUCGUUCUGUCCAACUGCCCAAGGCCACGAGCACGUCCACCGUUGCUCGAAGUGUAAUAUCGGCCCCAAUACUCACCAGCACCUCUAAUGUCAAAGUUGCACGUGUGGAAGGAGUACACUGUUCCGAAUUGACUGAUGCCGAGCUCUCUUCGCCCACAUGGCACUCACAUGUUGGACAGGCGGCCAUUCCAACGGGUACACAGGAAAACUGUGCGAAUCUUCAUGAACAGCAAAACAGUGGGCAUCCGGCAAGCUCAAGCCGUACCAGAGAUGACAGUAACCCAGCUGAUGCAGUGGGAAGACGUGGACGAAUGUUGAGACCGUGGGAUGCUGUCAAAAACAAAUUCAAGUCCUCAUCUUUGCGUAGGCAGAAUGAACAGCAUGCACAGAAUGGAACAGUUGACGGAUUGGGUGGGCAGGAGAUUGUUUCGUUUGAACAGGGCAUUGCACGUCGACGGACAGAAGCCUUGAAUUUGUACAGAGGAAAAAUCAAAGGACUCACAGGCAAUGGCCAUAUUCGGCGCAAACCAGUCAACAGCGGCAAAGAAGCGUCCGGAAACAAAGAAGACCCGCCUCUCCUGGGCGACAUCAUUGACGAGGUCGUGCCAGAUGAGAAUGCUGAGCAAAGCGACAAUGACUCUGCGUUUGGAUCGUUGACCAGGUCCUUUGCCAGCGCCGUUGACAAACUAGACUUCCACGCCUCGCGGCCACACAACAUCCCCUUUCUCAGAUCUAGAUCGUCCUUUUUCAAUUCCAGAAGGGACAAAGAGGCUGUGGAACGAGGUGAAGCAGGACGACAGGCCUUGACAACCUCUAAUUCAUUGCGAUCUCCCGCUGCGAGGCUCCCAUCCUCGUCAUCUCCUGUGACAGUCUCACAUGGACCGUCCACGCCCGCACCAGCUGCUCGUACUCCAGGAGACAAACUUGCUCCUCAAAGCACUCCAUCCACCAGCGUUCUAUCUGCAAACAACAAGAAUGGAACCGUACAAUCAAAAUCCACGCACGGAAUACAGGAGCCCUGGAAUCCUUUGCGGAUGCAUCCACCACAUCUCAUGGGCUCUCCUCCCUUGCUGGAAGGGCGUCCGGUUCAAACCACCCUGGAGAAAUGUCCGACACCAUCCCAACAAGAUGCAGAAGACAAGAACUCAAGCAGGCAGGAUGAAGACGACAAUGAAUCCCUCUCUCUCGAAGAUGCUCCGAUCUAUUCUCCGUCGCUGGGGGAUCUUAGUCAGUAUGCGAGAGACACGCCUGCUUCAAAAGCGAAUCAACGACGCGGAGCAGAGAGCUACCUCCAUAGCUCUCAUACCACGCCAAACCCUACUCCCACCAGAGGCCAAGCAAUCGGAGGACAUCAUUCUGGGGUCUUAAAGAAGAGUAGGAGUGGUAUAGGAAUGUUCUCUCGCUCCAAGUCAGUCAAAAUAUUGACAGGGCAUCAUCCCAAAAGUGCAGGAGCUGGGACCACAGGCACAGCCACUCCAGUUACACCAUCCCCCUUGUCCCAGCGAGAUAUCAAUCGCGGUGUCAGCACUGGUGACGGUAGGACGGUGAAGAAGAGCCGGAGUCUUCACUUCGGGGGUCUCUUCAAGAGACCCAGUGAAUCUGAUUUAGCGACAUCCAUCCCACGCGAUCUGAGUGUGCCAUUUCAACCAGCAACACCUUCACCACUCCGCAAUGUCACACGAGCUCAUGGGAGUCACGGCAAAGUCCUAUCACGUACCCCCGAUCGGCGUUCGGCCUCCGCUCGCUGAAAUGAUAUGAAGAAACUUGGUGGCAAGGGCAGAUCAGCAAGACGGGGGCAGAAUAUUACCUGGCAAUGACAACUGAGCUCAGAGCUCACGGAACGGAGGUGGUAGGACUCAAGCUGAGAAAAGGGCGUUGGAGAGCGGAAGGAUAGCUCCAACAGACGAGUAACGACUACUGGGCAUACUCGAACGGAUAAUCGACUGCAGUGAAUUAAUGGGCAGACCACAGCGUGCGCGUUGAGAUCACGGUAUCAAGAAUGUUUCAAGCAGACGGGAGUUGUUGCUGCAAAUUGCAUGGGUGCCAGAGGAAGGCAUGGCAUAUCGGAACAAAGGAAAAUUGUGUUGUACCAUGUACUAUUCCCAGCCCACGCCGAAGGUGCAUGGGCGAAUUAUCCAGCGCAGGUAGCGCUGCUACCUAGGUAAUCAAUUUGAUCCAGAGCCG